AUGGCGGCGGCAGCGGCGGUGGCUGUGGCUGCGGCGGCCAGCCCCAGCGCGACCCAGGCUCCCAGCUCGCUGCUGCUCGUGGUGGGCGGAGAGUGCGGGUGCCCGGGGCUGCUGGCCUACGUGCUGGAGGAGCUCGAGCGAGGCAUUCGGUCCUGGGACAUUGACCCUGGUGUCUGUAGCCUGGAUGAGCAGCUCAAGGUCUUCGUGUCCCGGCAUUCAGCCACCUUCUCCAGCAUUGUAAAAGGCCAACGGAGCCUGCACCACCGUGGAGACACCUUGGAGACCCUGGUCCUCUUGAACCCAUCAGACAAAUCCCUGUGUGACGAGCUCCGGAACCUCCUAUUGGACCCUGCCCCUCACAAACUGCUAGUACUCGCUGGGCCCUUCCUGGAGGACACUGGGGAGUUGCUGCUCCAGACAGGGGGCUUCUCGUCCCGACACUUUCUCCAGGUUCUGGGGGACAAAGAGAUCCAGGAUCUCCUGGCCUCAGCAUCACUGCCUGCAGAGCCGUCCAAGCUCACCAUCACCUGUCCAACCUUCGGGAACUGGACCCACCUGGCUCCUGAAGUACUGGGCCUGCAGGGGGUGCUGCAGCUGCGGCUAAACCCCCCAGGCCAGCUGCCAGCCUCUGAGGGCCUGCGUGAGUUCCUGGAGUAUGUGGCUGAGUCACUGGAGCGGCCAUCUCCCUUUGAGCUGCUUGAGCCUCCGGCUUCCGUGGGCUUCCUCAGGCUUGCUCGGCCCUGCUGCUACAUCUUCCCUGGGGGUCUUGGUGAUGCCGCCUUCUUUGCUGUCAACGGCUUCACUGUGCUGGUUAACGGGGGCUCGAACCCCAAGUCAAGCUUCUGGAAGCUGGUGCGGCACCUGGACCGGGUAGAUGCCGUGCUGGUGACCCACGCCGGCGCUGACAGCCUCCCUGGCCUCAACAGCCUCCUGCGGCGCAAACUGGCUGAGCGCGAGGAGGCAGCGGCUGACGGGGGCUCUGGGGAUGACCGUCUGCGCAGACUCAUCUCCCCAACCUUGGGGGUUGUGUUUCUCAACGCCCGUGUGGCAGCUUCACGCCUGGUGUGCGGUGAGGAUGAGGCCGAGCUGGCUCUGAGCCUCCUGACUCGCCUGGGCCUCACGCCCCUGCCCCUGAGCCGCGGGCCUGUGCCUGCAGAGCCUACCGUGCUCUUCCAGAAGAUGGGUGUGGGCCGGCUGGACAUGUACGUGCUGCACCCGCCCACGGCUGGGGCUGACCGCUCGCUGGCUUCUGUGUGUGCCCUCCUGGUGUGGCACCCUGCUGGCAUCACAGAGAAGGUGGUGCGUGUGUUAUUUCCUGGCUGCACACCACCCGCCCGCCUCUUGGAUGGCCUGGUGCGCUUGCAGCACUUGGGAUUCUUGAGGGAGCCUGUGGUGACACCCCAAGAUCUGGCAGGACCUCGACGUGCUGAGAGCAAGGAAAGUGUGGGCUCCAGGGACAGCUUGAGGAGAGAGAGCCGGACAAAGGCACCUGCCAGGCCUGUCCAGGAGCGCUCUGGGGUGGCCCGGAAGGAGCCACCACGGGCUGAGGCUCCCCGAAGGGCUGAGAAAGAAGCGAGGCCCUCCCGGGAGCUGAAGAAGGACCCCAAGCCUAGUGUCCCUCGGGCCCAGCCCCAAGCCCGUGAAGUGCGCCGGGCAGCCUCUUCUGUGGUCACUGUCAAGAAGGCAGGUGCCCAGGCAGCUGCUAAGCCUCGCAGAGCACCUGCUGCCACUGGCCUGGGUGGGCCACCAGCAGAGAAUGGACCCCACAACCCUCCGAGCCUCCAGUGCAGAGAGGCCAGCCCUCCCACAGAGACCCACGGUUGCCCUGCCCCCCAGCCGGUGGCCACACCUAGUCAAGAGAGCAGCCUGGAACUGGGGCUGAACCUUGCCAGGGAGAAUGCAGGCAGCUCACAGGAGAAGUGUCUGGAACUGCCAUUGAUCAAUAGCACCCCUCAGCCAUGUACCCCCUCGCCUGUGGAAGCCCACCAGGGCCCCGCUGAGAGCAGCGGGCGGAUGUCCCUGAGCCCCCUGCGGGGCGGGGAAGCUGGGCCAGACGCCUCACCCACAGUGACCACGCCCUCACUGCCUGCCGAGGUGGGCUCCCCUCACUCCACGGAGGUGGACGAGUCCCUGUCCGUUUCUUUUGAGCAGGUGCUGCCACCAGCUCCUGCCACUGCCAAUGAGACGGGGCUGAGCCUCCCGCUGCGGGGCCCCCGAGCUCGGCGCUCAGCUUCCCCACAUGACGUGGACCUGUGCCUGGUGUCGCCCUGUGAGUUUGAGCACCGCAAGGCUCUGGCCAUGGCCCCAGCGCCUUCAUCGCCUGGGAGCUCCAACGACAGUAGCGCCCGGUCCCAGGAGCGGGCAGGCGCCGCGGGGGCUGAGGAAACCCCGCCCACGUCUGUCAGCGAGUCCUUGCCCACCCUGUCGGACUCAGACCCGCUGCCUGCCGCCCCUGGCACUGUGGACUCAGAUGAGGACACAGAGGGCUUCGGGGUCCCUCGCCGUGACCCCCUACCCGAGCCCCUUAAGUUUCCCCCACCUCUGCCCACUCCACCGAGCAUCUGCAUGGUGGACCCUGAGAUGCUGCCCCCCAAACAGGCCCAGCCGGCAGAAGGCCUCAGCCGUACCCGAAAGUCCCUUGUGCGCCCCAACCCUGGGACCACAGCUCCCAAAGCCACUCCAGCGACCACUACCAAGACCAAGGGACUGGCAAGCGGGGACCGGAACAGUCGGCCCCUCGGUGCCCGGAGCGAGCCCAGUGACAAGGGAGGUCGGGCGCCCCUGUCCAGGAAGUCCUCGGCCCCCAAGACUGCUACUCGAGGCCCAGCGGGGGCAACCAGCAGCCGUCCAGGAGGCUCGGCAGCUCCACCUGGCUCUCCUGUCUACCUUGACCUGGCCUACCUGCCUAGUGGGAGCAGCACCCGCCUGCUGGAUGAAGAGUUCUUCCGGCGUGUGCGUGCCCUCUGCUACGUCAUCAGCGGCCAGGACCAGUGCAAAGAGGAGGGCAUGCGGUCUGUGUUGGAUGCACUGCUGGCGGGCAAGCAGCAGUGGGACCGCGACCUCCAGGUCACCCUGAUCCCUACCUUCGAUUCAGUGGCGAUGCAUGAAUGGUAUGAGGAGACACAUGCCCAGCACCAGGCUCUGGGCAUCACAGUACUGGGCAGCAACAGUACUGUUUCUAUGCAGGAUGAGGCCUUCCCUGCAUGCAAGGUGGAGUUCUAGCCCCUCCCCACCACCAGCACCUGCCACUGUUCUGAGAUUCUCCUGCAUCAGAAAUAAACCAGGUACUUCACUUG